AUGGAGGGAGGGGGCUUCAACAAGAGCGGCUCGCCCGAAGAAUCUGGUGGGUCCAAACGGGCUCAGGCGUACUACGAGUGCAGCUUCUGCAAGAGGGGUUUCACUAACGCUCAGGCGCUUGGCGGGCACAUGAACAUCCACCGCAAGGACCGCGGCAUCAGUGGAGGCAAGUCGCCCGGCGUCGCUCCGCCUGCGGCCGGCCAGCAAGACGGUGCCGGUGGGGAUCAGGUUCACCUGGGGCUUACAUUGGGAAGGAACGGGCACAGCAGCGAGGACGUGGACUUGGAGCUCCGGCUUGGCCACUACCCUUACAACUAG